UGUUUGUAGACGAUCUUUGGCUCGCAGUGCGUCUGCGAAAUGAAAUCCACGGUGUCGUCAGAUCCGUAAAACGUUCCCCCUCUGGCUUCAUUAAACAGAAGAUAUUGGGGGGAAAAAGCUCAAAGACAAGAGCAGUAAGAACCAGACUUUUUCUCGCAAUGUCACUGAAACAUCCUUAAAGAAGAGUAUUGUGUCGUUGCCCACGGACUGAGCACGGACACAGCAGCCUCCUCCGAGCCGCGCGUGAGCUGGGAUGCACUGCCGCUAGCCUGCUAUUAGCUUACGCGUUAGCUUUCCGAGCAGCUCUGUUUUUACGACGGGACCAAGCAGACCGUGUAGUGCAUUAUGACAGACAGCAUUAUGAAUAAAGCUGCCACAAUGGAGAUUCCUAUCAACAGUAACGGUGACACAGGGACACUAACAGAAGACGACAGCCUUGAACAGGCUGCAAAGCUGCAGUGGAGCUUAGAUGAGAAGGUAGGGAGCUCCAGAGGCACCAGGGACCUGCAGCAGGUGAUGGUAUCGGGUCCCAAUCUCAACGAGACUAGCAUUGUAUCUGGGGGCUAUGGAGGAACAGCAGAGGGCAUUAUCCCCACCAGUUCAAUCAAAGGCCCUGCUGUGCACUACAAUGCUGAGUUUAACAAAAGGAUCCCAGUUACAGGAUUAGGUUCCAACAUGCACCACAGCAGCAGCAGCUCAUCAAUGACGGCAGAGGAAACGACCCGCGGUGUGGCUGUGGAAAAGCUAGAAACAGUGAAGAAAUGGGGUCUGAAUACUUACAAGUGUACAAAGCAAAUGAUCUCAGAGCGUUUCGGUCGGGGUUCCCGGACCGUGGACCUGGAGCUGGAGGCUCAGAUUGAGGUGCUGAGAGACACUAAACGGAAAUACGAGAAUGUGCUACGACUGGCCAGAGCUCUGACCAACCAUUUCUACAACAUGGUGCAGACACAGCAUGCGCUUGGCGACACUUUUGCUGACCUCAGUCAGAAAUCUCCCGAGCUUCGGGAUGAAUUCGGUUACAAUGCAGAGACUCAGAAGUUGCUGUGUAAGAACGGAGAGACUUUACUUGGUGCCAUUAACUUUUUUGUGUCCAGCAUCAAUACGUUAGUCAACAAGACCAUGGAGGACACCCUGAUGACUAUCAAGAUGUAUGAAAAUGCAAGACUAGAGUAUGAUGCCUACCGGUCAGACCUUGAGGAACUGAGUAUGGGUCCAAGAGAUGCUGUAGCCAUGGCCCGUAUAGAAGCUGCUCAGCAACAGUACCAAGUCCAAAAGGACAAGUACGAACGUCUUCGCUCAGAUGUUGCCAUUAAGCUCAAGUUUCUGGAGGAGAAUAAGGUGAAGGUGAUGCAUAAGCAGCUCCUUCUCUUCCAUAAUGCCAUAUCAGCAUACUUUGCUGGCAACCAGCAGCAGCUUGAGCAAACGCUGAAGCAGUUCAAUGUAAAGUUGAAGCCCCCAGGGGCUGACAAGCCCUCCUGGUUAGAAGAGCAAUGAGAGGCCCUCGCUGGACCUCCUGUAGCUUCCUUCUCAGCCAACAACUCCACCUGUUACCUGUUGAAACCCCCAAUUUAACAGAGGACCACUACAGAGAGAAACAAAGAAAUAACUGGUUGGAUGAAGAUUCAAGAUGAAUGCAUGGCAGGAUGUUUGGACGGAUGAAUAACAGGGUAUUAGUCGUGAAUGAGCUAAGUGCAGCAGGAAACCAAGUGGCCAGUUUCAUGAAGAGUCAGAGGGCUUUUAGUGCCUCUUUUCCCAAUUUCCUUUUUUUCACUUUAACCUCUCUUUGUGCUUUGUUCCCUGAAAAUCCUUUAACCGUUCCCUUCCCUCUCUUAUACUUGACUCAAUCCCAAUCUAUCUCAACACUUUUUUGCUGUGUGAACUUGUUAGUCAUGUUUAUGGCCAUCAUUGUAUUCCUCAAGUGCUCCCAGUUCUUAACUUAAACCAGACACACACACACACACACACACACACACACACACACACACACUGAGAUAUCAGUAAACAUCACUUCAAAACUCCCAGACCUUAUCUCUCUCCUAGUGUGCCUCCUUAUAUAUGAGCUGAUCAGUUAAAAGAAAGCAUGGCCUGAAGGAAGAAAGACAAGUUCAUAAAAAAGGAUUUCCAUCCACACAUGAAAGGGUUUUUACACUGUUCACUGGAAUCUUCAAACUAUCAAAUCAAUGUACAUUUCAAAUUUAAGUACUGUUUUAUUUUUCAAAUACAUACGUGAUUGUUUGUAGCACAUUAAAAAAAAAAAAAACCCACAAUGUUGUGUUUAGCCAUUUGGUUAAUUUGGCAUCUGAUCUCCUUUUUUUUCUUAAUUAUUUUCCAUCUGUUCAGCUGUACUGUAUGUCUCGUGUUUAAAGUGAAGGAAGGUCUGCUGUUUGGGACAAUAUGUGCUGGUCUUCUGGAUUACAAGCACCGCAGUGCUCGGUCUGUAAUUUUUACUCAUAACAUGAAAAUCCUUUGACUUUGAAUCUUAUAUGCAACAAUCGUUGACGAUUCCACAGCUUUCCAAAGUCAUACUGGUUCAAGUCUUUACUAAUUUUAUUUUAUUUUCCCAAAGAGAAGAGAGAGGUCUGUUUGUUGAAUGACAGGACUUAAUAUGUUUACAUUGGUUAAGCCUGGAGCAUCCCUGUGAGAGAUGGGUAUUUCAAGCAAACUUGACUGGAUUCACUUAACCGGAAAUAAUAAAUUUCACUCUCUUUUACAUUUGCACAUGGUACAUUAAUAUGUGCAUUUUUGAUUUUUAUUUUAUCUUUUUAACGUUAACAAGGGCAUGUUAUUGGGUCAUAUCAUUCAGUCCUCCUGAAGCAGAACACAUUCGUCUAUAGUUACCUUUCUUCAUACUGAAGAUUACUGUAGCUGUCUGAUAUAACUCAUACUAAUAUUUAAACCUCUUGUGAUUAGUGGUUGGGGUUGGAUGUAAUAACACUAAUGAUCCAUCUGUGUUUUCUUAAUGUAAACAUUGUUAUAGUAGUAAACAAUCAUCAGUCGUUGACAAUUAAAAUAUAGCACAUGUUGAACUUUUAAUCAUCACUGUAUCACGUUUAUUAUAUUUUGAAUUCAACGUGUUGUACACAAAAUUAUCCAGUUUAAGACAUUUUGCAGACGACAUGCUGAAAUGAAUUCCUUUACCAAACCAAAUCUGUAAUUGAGCUACUCAAAACAACCUCUAAAUUUAGAAAGUGACGUGGCAAACCUCUGUCAACUUGAAGGGAGAACCUAAUGUAGUGAAUGUUUAACCAUGCUGCAUUUAACUCAUGGUAGCCACUAGUGACAGAUGGGAGUGCUCCACGAAACCUCCAUCAGUUAAUGGGUGACUUCUCUAGCUUCUUGUCCCUGCAUUUGCAUGACAGACAGCAGAGUAUAGGUGCAGAUAUGUGCGCUCUCACUGAUGUUGUGCUCUUUGCCUUCUGCGCGCUAGCUCGCAUGGACUACGUCUGUUGAUUUCAAUUUUGGAAACGACUGAAGCAAAAUCCACAACAUUUCACUUUAAAUGUGUACUCGUAAAGACAGCUUAGAAAAGCAAAUGGCGAAAUUUUAAAGUUUGUUUGGCUUCAGUUUUUUUGUUUUUUUCCCCCUGAAUUUUAUGAGUUUUGGCUAAAGAAGUCGUUCAGCAUGACCCUGGCCUUUCUCGUGGCUAAAACUGCAGUUUCACUGGCCAGCUGCUGGUCUGUUUGACCAUCACGAAGCAAUAUUAACAAGAUGUGACUCCUCUUUUCCAAAAGCUGUCCUUUUGAUAUUCCUAACCCUUACACCAGACUGAAUGGCAAUAGGAUUUGGUUUUGUUUCACUGUGGUAAAUCCUCCCCUAAGUUUGGGGGAAAAAAACACCAACUGUGUGAAAAGUGGAAAACAUUUGAAGUAACUUUUACUAGCAGCCUCGCUAGUCUUCUAGAUUGUUGUCGAGAAAGAUCAAGAUUUAUAAAACGAGAUGUUUUAUUUGUGUACAAUCAAUGUUUUCUAGGCUGAGCUGGUGUAUUGUACUGUAUGGAUGAUUGCAGACAAAAUAUUUAUGAUGAUAAAUGAAGUGGUGUCAUGGAUUGAUGUGAUAUUUUGCCUUCAUUCCUCACUCACACCUGAACAGUCCUACCCCACCCCAAGGGAACUGAAAUUAAAAGUACACAUUUUCAAAA